AGCGCGCAGGGAGAGGCCCUCCGCCCCCCGGCACGGAGGUGACAGUUAGGCAGGGCUUGCUGGGGGCGGUGGAAGGACGGCGGGUCGCGGAGGGACAGAGGUACCAGCACCCCCUCGUUCGCCGACCCGCCGCCACAGCUGCCCGGACCCCGCGUCCCCCUCGCCACCUCAACAUGGCAGUUGCCGGCGGGGGCCUCCGCGCCGCCUACCACCGCCUGCUCGACCGCAUCGAGCUCAUGCUACCGGAGCGGCUCCGGCCCUUUUACAACCACGCGGCAGGUCCCAAAACGGUGUUUUUCUGGGCACCUAUUAUGAAAUGGGGUUUGGUAUGUGCUGGAAUGGCUGAUAUGACCAGACCAGCAGAAAAGCUCAGCACAUCACAGUCUGCAGUACUAACAGCAACAGGCUUUAUUUGGUCAAGGUACUCCCUAGUUAUUAUUCCUAAAAACUGGGGUCUCUUUGCUGUGAAUUUUUUUGUCGGCUGUGCUGGUGCCUCUCAACUCUUCCGAAUAUGGAGGUAUCAACAGGAGCUAAAAGCAAAACAAGCGUAGCUGCAGCAAAGAGAUGCUUAACCCAACAUGUCAAAUCCAACAACACACAAACCCUUCCCCAUGGGACCUAGUUUCACUAAUGGUAAUGUUUUUUCCUCUCAGAAAAUAAAAGACAAAAUCCAAAUGUCUAGAGAUCAAGGGUUUUUCUAAGUGCAAAUAACAAAGUAUCUCCAUACACUUGAAUAAAGUGCAACCUUUUAAACUGA